UCUUGCUUGAAUAGUUCUCGAAGAGUUUUUUUUGGAUAGUUUUUGUUUGAGUAUGAAGUUAUGAAGUGCAUGUGUUAGAUAUUUGAAUCAUGGACGACGUCGCAGAAUGCUACAAGUUCUGGAGAAUACGAAAAACUAUUAUGCAGUUAUGUCAUGACAGAGGAUAUCUUGUAACGCAGGAGGAAUUGGAUCAGACUCUGGAACAGUUCAAGGACCAAUUCGGUGACAGGCCCAGUGACAACAAGCCAUCUCGGAACGAUUUGUCCAUCCUCGUAGCUCACAAUGAUGAUCCAACGGAUCAGAUGUUCGUAUUCUUUCCGGAUGAGCCCAAAGUUGGCAUCAAGACAAUCAAAAUCUACUGCCAGCGUAUGCAGGAGGAGAGCAUUUCUAAAGCCAUUAUUGUCAUUCAGCAGGGCAUGACACCUUCGGCUAAGCAGGCUCUGACAGACAUGGCACCGCAGUACAUACUGGAGCAUUUCCUCGAGAGUGAGCUUCUCAUCAAUAUUACAGAACACGAGCUUGUACCAGAGCAUGUGAAGAUGACGACAGAGCAAAAGCAGGAACUGCUGACGAGAUACAAGUUGAAGGAGGCACAGCUACCAAGAAUACAAGCCAACGACGCCGUUGCACGAUACUAUGGCUUAAAACGAGGCGAUGUUGUAAAGAUUAACCGUCGCAGUGAAACCGCAGGUCGAUACAUCACGUAUCGCCUGGUUAUUUGAGUGUUUGUCCGCUACUACAUGUACCGCCGUUGGUGUGAACCGAGGAAGCUUACAUGGCAGUGCUCCCACUACUUGUAGUUUGCAUCUGAGUCGUGUUCGCCUAUAAAACACAGCUCAUGUGUUCUUCCUCCCAGGUAUGCCGUGUGCGGGUCCGUGCUAUGUUGAGUCUUCCGUCUCCCGAAUCCCUGUCUUUUUUUAGAAGCACAUGUCACUUGUGUCUUUUGGCACUCCAGCUGUACAUAGAUAGAAUCCCAUAUAAACAUGAAAGAAUCGAUCAAUCCCACAAAACACGCUGGGAACAUUUCUGAUCCACAGUGUAACUUAUCUCUCUUGAAUUUUCGUAAAACAUCCA